AUCGGUUUUGGACUCCGUCGAGCGGGCCCAGCGAGCGUUAACUUUAGUGUGCGCCGACCUGUUUCCGUAGACGGCCACAAAAAACCGUCAAAGACAUAGCCCCGACUUGGACUCUGCCUUCGAGCCACGGUACGCAGAUCGCCAAAUCGAUUUCGAGCGUCCCCAAAGUGACUGCUGCUGCCACAAAGCCACAGAGCAAGCCUCAUCUGAAAUCAAAAUCAAAAUCCCGGUGCAGUGACAAGAUCGUGACGUCAGGGCGGCUCAAAGUGCAACUCCCCAGCGAAACCAAGCUCAAUCCGCAGUCCACAAUCCGCAAACCCCGUUUUCGUAAUCGUAAUCGCAUCGUGCAAGCGAAAAAAGAGUUAUUAAAUAAGUGAAUCUGCCAUCGGCAUCCCGCUCGCACGCCCAGCAGCUCGUACCGCUGCAGUCGACGUCGCCGUCGCAGUCGCCGCCGCCGCCGCCGCCGUCGCUGUCGCCGCGUUCUCCAUUGUUUAUGUUUUUUGUGUUCUUCCCCCAGAAGGCGGGGAAGCGGUAGUAAAAGCAAUGCGCUCGCAAUGAAACGAAAUUGAGUGAAAAAUAAUUUCGUUUACAAAAAGCGAAAAUAAGAAAAAAAUCAGCAGCGAAUGAGAAGAAAAAAAUUUACUGCCAAGCGAAUUUCACGCCGUAUUUAAUCUUUGCUCACUGACCGCCUCCAGCUUAAUCGCUGCUCGUCUUUCUUUCCGUUCCGAUCGCGAUCGCGAGUGUUCUGUGCCCGAUUCUGGCCAUAUUGCUCCGGCUCUACCCCAGUAACGGCCACCGAUCCAAUCCGACCCCGAUCCACUCCCAAAUCCCGCCCUCGAGUCUCGAUUCCCGGGCUGUGUGUUCUGGAGAUCGCGCGUUUCCCCACCGCCGCAGUUUGCGAUUCGGAGCAGCUCCCGAGCAGAAAUCGCAGGAGGUUCCUUUCCCCAAACUCGAGAAAUUCAAACCACUUCGCACCGAUAAUGAUAGUGCUCUGUGCCCGCCUAUGAAAGUGCUAUAGAAAACUUGAAAGUUACGUAAAAAUCCGUUUGGCUCGCAGCAUUUGCUUGGCCAGUGAAGAAAGCAGGAACAAACUUAGUUUAAGCACUUUAAGGAUAGUCUUAGCACCCUAGGAGGCCGGCUCAGAAAGAUGUCCCCAACACUGGUCCUAAUCUCAGCGCUCCUCCUGGCGAGCUCAGUGUGCCAGGCCCUGCCAGAAUUGCACAAACAGAUGUCGCCGGAGCAGCUGCAGUCGGUCUUCCACGUGGACAGCGCCGACGCAGUGCCCCACUACGAGCUCGUCCAGCUGCUGCACCACGACGAGCACUCCCGCCGGCGGCGCAGCAUCAGCAGCAGCAGCAGCGGCGAGAGGCCAAAGGUCACCCACCACGUGAAGAAGGAUCUCAGCAAGAACGCCUACUACAGCGAGCUGAAGCACGAGGCCCUCUCCUCGGGCGGCAACCACCUGUUCGGGCCGGACGUGGCGGCCAUCAAGGUGCACAACGUCUCCUUCAGCGCCUUCGGCCAGCACCUGAACCUCAGCCUGCGCGCCACCCAAGGACUCUUCAAGGACUCGCCCCACCAGCUGCGCAUGUGGACCGUGGGCAGCGAGCCGAACGCCACCCACGGCCUUGACCUCCAGGAGAUCGCCCACGAAGAGCACCACAAGAACGAAGUGGGAGAAGUCUUUCAGGAUGAGAAGAACAUGGCUGCGAUCCUGAUGCGGCGCCACAUGGAGACCGGCGACCUGAUAAUGGAGGGCAGCAUCGGUCACGACCUGGUGAUUAAGCCCUUGCCGCACGAACUGAGCCCCAACCCGGAGGAGUCCCACCACAUCAUCUUCAAGAGAGAGGCGUCCGCAGCAGAAGACCAACUGAGUGACUUUGCCUUCAUGGAACCCGACGAUCUGCUGGCCAGCGAGAAGCUCGAGAGGCUGCAGCGCCGCCAGCGACGCAGUGCGCCCAGCAGUCCCGACUUCGAGGACCUCAACGACGAGGACGAAGGCGCCCUCGAGGCGGAGCCCCAAGUGGCCGAGUCCCGCACCCGCUCCCGCCGCCAGGCGCCGUACAUCAUCUACCCCGAGGUCCUGGUCAUCGUCGACUACGACGGCUACCGGCUGCACGGCGGCGAUAAUCUGCAGGUCAAGCGUUACUUCAUCUCGUUCUGGAACGGAGUGGAUCUGCGCUACCGCCUUCUGAAGGGUCCCAGAAUACGCAUCAGCAUAGCCGGCAUUAUUAUUUCAAGGGGGCGUGAUGCCACUCCCUACCUGGAACGUAACCGAGUGGGUCGCGAUGCCAUCGACUCGGCGGCUGCUCUCACGGACAUGGGAAAGUAUCUCUUCCGGGAACGCCGACUGCCCGUCUACGAUAUUGCCGUGGCCAUAACCAAACUCGAUAUGUGCCGUCGCACCUCCGCUUAUGGCGAAUGUAACCGCGGCACCGCAGGCUUCGCUUACGUCGGUGGCGCAUGCGUGGUGAACAAGCGGCUGGAGAAGGUGAACAGCGUGGCCAUCAUCGAAGACACCGGCGGCUUCAGCGGCAUCAUCGUGGCGGCCCACGAAGUGGGACAUCUGUUGGGAGCGGUGCAUGACGGAUCGCCGCCGCCGAGCUACCUGGGCGGACCAGGUGCCCAGCGGUGCCGCUGGGAGGAUGGCUACAUCAUGUCCGACCUGCGCCACACGGAGCGGGGCUUCCGAUGGUCCGCCUGCACGGUGCAGAGCUUCCACCAUUUCCUCAAUGGAGACACGGCCACCUGCCUGCACAACGCCCCGCACGAGGACAGCGCCUUGGGCAGGUCGCUGCCAGGAACCCUGCUCUCGCUGGACGCCCAGUGCCGCAGGGAUCGGGGCACGUACGCCUGCUUCAAGGACGAGAGGGUGUGCGCCCAGCUCUUCUGCUUCGACGCCCAGACGGGAUACUGCGUGGCCUACAGACCGGCGGCCGAGGGUUCGGCCUGCGGAAAUGGUUUCCACUGCCUGGAUGGUCGCUGCACACCACUGCCCUCAAACAUCAUUCCCGACUACGGACACAACUACCGUUUGGUCUACAAUAAAAUCAACAACAAGCAAGAUGCAGCCGAGGAUAUUGAGAGUAGUAGUGAGGAGGCCGAGUCCCAGGAGGACGAGAGUGAGAGUAAUGAGGAGACGGAUGAGGGCGGCACUAGUAGCGAGGAGCAGGAGGCUAACCAGCAGGACAACAAGAUCGAGCAGAGCUCUGCCGCUGGCGCCGCUGCUGUGACGUCGACGACAACCGCGAGAACGACGAGCACGACGACGACAACGCCGACGACGACGAGGAGCACCGCGAAGCCCAGGUCGAAGUCCUUCGGCUACCUGCACCGCACUCUGCCCGAGCGACAGUGGGUGCAGGACAACGGAGUGCUGGUCAGGACGCGCAUCAGCAGCAGCGUCAGCAGCAGCAGUGGCAGGAGCAACGAUGAGUCCGUGGCAACCACACCCACGUCCACACCCGCGCCCAGAACAACCUCAACAACCACCACACAAACACCGAACAUAUUCCAAAUCUAUACACACGAACUACGCAAACAGAUCGAAUACUACCUACACAUGCUACAGACACAACAACAUGCUACCAAAUUGCAACCAGAACAACAGCAACAGCAGUCACAACAACAACAGUCGAUAGUCGAAAUCCCCUUGGUACAAAAACGCCUUACAAAUUAUAGUGUAACCAGCAGCAGCAGCAGCAGCAGUAGCAACAGCAACAGCAACGGGGCAAAGCAACAGCCAGCGAACAGCAAGGACGAGAACCAGAGACAACAGCAACAUCUGCAGGAGCAGCAGCAACUGCAGGACGGGCUGCCCGACGAGGAGAACGAGGCGACUGCCGGCAUUCAGAGCAAUGAAGCGAUUGAGCGGCAAAAACGUAAGUUCCCCACACCACCUGCAACAGCAGCCAAUGCUGCCAAGACAUCAGCAACACCCACAUCAGCAACAACAACAAAAACUGCGGCAACCACCGCCAAGCCGAUAACAACUUCAUCGUUUCUCGAUGCGUACUUCAAAAAACUGCAAGCCCUGCACGAUGGCGGAUCAGCCAGCAGCACAUCCACCUCGGUGACCUCGUCAGUGAGCUCGGCCACGUCCGGCAAGCAGCAGCAACACGUGCAGCAGCACCAGCAACAUCAGCAAUCGGACGGCGGCGCCUUCCUGAAACGUACGCCAAACCGGAGUAGUAUUAAGGCAUCCAAACCUAGUAGUAGCGGUAGUAGUAACAGCAGUAGUCAGCCCCAACAGCAACAGCUCGUGACAAACUACAUUGGCGACACCACAAACAACCUGCCAGCGGUGUUGGACAAUAGCAGUGCGGCGAGCACCACGGAGACGGCAAAGAAACCCAAAAUCAAAACACAGAAACUCAUACGCCGCACACGAGUCAUGUAACCGAUCAGAGGCAGUCGGUCGGCAGAUAACCCAGAAAUCAGUUACCAUAAGCUACUACUUACUGCUGGCCAGCCAGAAACACAGAUCCAGAGAGCUGCUCGCGAGACCGAACAUCCAACAUCCGAGGGCUGCCCAACAACAUCCAACUCAACCACACACACUAAACAAAGCAACACGCAUCACACACAAGCAAAUGCCAAACCGAUCGAAACCGCUACCGAUUCGUUAUCCUUGCGUGCGUGGUUAACUGGAAGCUGUUUCCGUUCUAGUAAAAGUGCAAUGCAUCAACAUUGGGGAGCGUUUGGAACUGGCACUGCCAUCGAAAUUGGAACAAAUGUUUGCAGUUAAAAGUGUUUUAGCUAGAAUUUAUUACUAUUACUAUCUGUAUAAAAACUAUUGAUUUGUUGUUAGUUCUAGCCGCAACUAAUUUAAAAUAUUGUCUGUUAAAUGCAACCCAAACAACAAAACAAUGUUGUUUUGUUCAAUACAUGCAUAUAUUAUGUAAUUUAAUUUAAUGCAAAAUCUUGUAUAUUAGUACAUAUUAUUCUGUAAAAAGUUCAUUACACACGCACUUUGGCAGAUAACAUAAAUUAUUCUCCGGCCCACAAAUCAAUUGAAAGGAAAUUUAUAAUAAUCCCACUUUCCAAUGUGAUAAACAUAUAUAAUUUGUACUCUUUACUUAACAAAAUAUUUAUCAGUUUUCGUGAAAAAUUUUCUUGAAAGGUUUCAAUUACUUACCUUGCCGCACUUUGCCUACAAGAAAACUUAAAUUGUUCAUUUAAUUAUUGUAUUAAUAUUAGAAAUCCAAAUUCUAAAAAAAAAUCAUCACCCUACGUUUACACCUAGCCUAAUGCUCUUUUUUAUACAGCAAACAAAAUGUAAAAGCUAAGUUUUAGUUGUAGUUAACUGAACAUCUUACAAUAAAUGAAACUGUACAUUUAUCACACACAAAAAAAAGAAAAAACUAGGUUAAAAAUAAAUAAAUAUAAAGAAAAUCUA